AUGACUUCAGUUGUUGCCCAACCGAAGGCCUCCGCAGCAACGAGUGGACGAAAUGCAAAUAUAAAUUCCAAUUCCAAUUCCUCUAAUACAGCCACAACCAGUCUCUAUGAAGAACACGAGCGGCUUAUGAAGAAUAUUCAAAAUCUUGAACUCAAGACGAUGAUCUGCCGAAUGGAAACCCAUCAUCUCCUGCAGGAGGAAACCGUGGCCAAACAGGAAGUGAUGCGUAUUCAAGCAGUUCCGCUUGUUCUCGGCACUUUUGUGGAGGCGGUGGACUCCGUGCGUGGUGUGGUGACGGGCUCCUCCAGCAGUAAUUAUUAUGUGCGGAUCUUAAGUACAUUGGAUAAGGAGCGACUAAAGCCCGGGGCGAGUGUUGGUCUACACAAGGGCAGCAACUCCUGUGUGCAGAUUCUCCCAAAUGAGACAGACUCCACUAUUCACAUCAUGCAAAAAGAAGAUAAACCCACCGUUACGUACAGUGAUGUGGGUGGAUUGGAUAUUCAAAAACAAGAGAUUCGUGAGGCGGUGGAGUUGCCUCUCACACAUGCUUCUUUAUAUGAUCAGAUUGGUAUUGAUCCUCCACGUGGCGUAUUACUCUACGGCCCACCGGGAACAGGAAAAACGAUGCUUGUGAAAGCCGUGGCCAAUCACACCAAUGCCUCUUUCAUCAGUGUGGUGGGAUCUGAGUUUGUGCAGAAGUAUUUGGGCGAAGGUCCACGUAAAGUGCGAGAUGUCUUUCGUCUCGCUCGUGAAAAUGCCCCGGCAAUUAUUUUCAUUGAUGAAGUGGACAGUAUCGCUACGAAACGAUUUGAUGCUCAAACAGGGGCGGAUCGAGAAGUGCAGCGAGUUCUCGUGGAGCUUCUCACACAAAUGGAUGGAUUUGAUCAAACCACGAAUGUUAAAGUCAUCAUGGCCACCAAUCGCUGGGAUACAUUGGAUCCUGCCUUAUUAAGACCAGGCCGACUCGAUCGUAAGAUUGAAUUUCCGUUUCCCGAUCGUCGACAAAAACGAUUGGUCUUUCAAGUCUGCACAAGCCGAAUGAAUCUCUCACCGGAAGUUGAUCUCGAGGAGUUCGUCACCCGCGCGGAGAAGUUGAGUGGGGCGGACAUUCAAGCGAUUUGUCAGGAGGCGGGAAUGCUCGCCGUGCGGAAGAAUAGAUAUGUGGUGCUCCCUAAAGAUCUCGAGAGCGCAUACCGUACCGUUAUAAGGAAAACAGGGGAUGAUCGCUACGAUUUCUACUCUUAA